AUGCCUUCAUCACAGCGUUCUGUAAAACCGAGUGAGAACCCCAAAUCGGCCGACUCCCAUAAAAAACGACCAAAGCAGCAGAGGCAGAUACCCCAGUCUCGACACCGUCAUCUGGGUAAUGUUCAUCCCCAGGGACAGGAUGCCCCUGAUGACAACGGAAAUGGCGAGCAUGUACAGCAGGGGUAUCAUCCCCAGGACCCACCUCCUGCAUAUGAAGUCAGUGAACACGGCAGCAGCUUGCGCGAGGUACGGGACGCUGCCUACAACGCAGGUUACAAUGCGGCAAUCGAGGACGGCUUCGAUGCGGGAGUCCAGAACGGCUACGACAGGGGAGUUAAGGACGGCUAUGCUUGGGGGUUCAAGGAAGGCUCUCAGAAGGAGGGGCGCACAGACUCCGAUGCGUAUGUUGAACAACUCACAAUGGGCGUAACUGGCGGCGAGAUACAUGGCAAGUGGAGCGAUGCUGUCUGGAACCAGCGCAGGUCCCAGCUAGCCAACGAAUCAUGUGCUUGUUCCUGUACCCCUGGUGUCGUUGGGCGUUAG